UUGCUAUACUUCCGUGUCACACAACAGCCAUAACUUCUAAGCACAUAAGCAUUGAAAAUGGAGCAAGAUAUUGAGCUGGAAAUGAACAGGAAGUCGGCUACAAAAUUAUGAAAUUUUCUACGUUUUACGGCGCCAAUUAAGAGCCUGCCAACUUCUUCCUCAUCCUCUCUUAUAAUACACACUCAUUUUCUCAUCCUUAAUCAACACAAACAUGGCUUCCAAGACCAACAUAGCAUUACCUAUCCUAGCUCUGCUGCCCAUGCUCGUUUUUAUUUCCCCAAAGGUGGCGAUGGCCGCUAGGGAUUUCGAAGAGGGGAAGUUUGUUAAAGAGAGUAAUGAAGCGGGUGAUGAUCUUAAAAUUCCAGACAUACGUAAUAUAGGUUUUGGUGGCACUACAGGCACUGUUGGCAGCAUCCCAGGCCUUGAUAUUUUGGGUUUCAUCCCAGGUAUUAUCGGUAGCAUCCCAGGCUUCAACGGCGGUGUCAUCCCAGGCUUCAACGGCGGUGUCAUCCCAGGCAUCGGCGGCGGUGGCAUACCAGCCAUCGGCGGCGGUGGCAUCCCAGCCAUCGGUGGCGGUGGCAUCCCAGCCAUCGGUGGCGGUGGCAUCCCAUGGCUCAGCGGCGGUGGCAUCCCAGGCAUUGGUGGCAUCCGAGGCAUCGGCGGUGGCAUCUACGGUGGUGGGUAUCCUGGUCAAAGAGGAUAUAGAGGAGGGUUGCGUUGUCCUUAUGGCUGUUGUGCUUGGGCUGGUGGAUAUUGCACAAGUUGCUGCACAAUCUAAGGAUUUCUUCACUCACAAAAAUAAGAUAAGAUAGUGUAGUUCUAUGUUUUUUGUUUUUUGUUUUUCUUUAAUCAGCCAAAUAAAUUUUAUAUAAUGUGCAGUUCUACGUACUUCAUAUUCCAUGAGAGGCAUGAUGGAGAAGAAGGAGGCUUGUGUUUACCUCUAACCUUUCUUUUCAUAUAUGGAUAUUUCUUUUCAUGUAGUUUGGGACUUUAUUACUUCUGUUUGUCUUUUUUCUAUAAUUAUGAUGUCAUUAUAAACAUAGGUAAUUCAUAUAAUUAUAUUCUGUUAAUCAUA